ACCGGAGUGGCAGCGGACAGAAGAGAGGGGAUCCCCGGGAUUUUUUUACGCCAAAGCCAGCUAAAUACUGACGCCAAAACAAGUGAAAACCGCGGGGGAACUCGACCCGGCUCCUCCUAUAUACUCCGGUGAGAGCAGCCAUGUCAGAAGAGGCGGUGCGUCAAACGCGCAGCCAGAAGCGAGCUUUGGAGAGGGACCAUGCAGCUCUUGGCGGUUCCCCAGGGGACAUGGACGGCAAGCGGGUAAAGCUGGAGAGAGGUGAUGCAGCUGGGGCCCCGCUGGCCCUGAUGGGACCUGCAGCUGAGGGCAUGAAGCUGAAGAGUGAGCAGGCUGCUAAGGUAGCAGCCAGCAUCCUGAAGACUGGGGAGGUGAAGGCUACCAUCAAGUUGGAGGUUCAGACCGGAGACGAACCCGUGGACAUGAGCACAUCCAAAAGUGACAUUAAGAAAGAACAACAGCCGCCUUCCCCAGAUGAUGUGAUUGUGUUAUCAGACAACGAGCCGUCCAGUCCCGUGAUGAACGGCCACUGCUUCACGAAGACGGACACGGAUAAACUCAUGAAGAGCUCACCUGAGGAGGAACGUAUUAUAAAACAGCUUAAGGAGGAACUGAGGCUCCAGGAAGCCAAACUGGUUCUCCUCAAGAAACUACGACAAAGCCAGAUCCAGAAGGAAAGCACUGUACAAAAGGCGAGUGGCUCAGUGGCCACUCCUCCUCCUCUAGUGCGAGGCAGCAUGACAUCCAGUAAAGUACCCCUUCAGGUGACGGGUCGUAGCUCAGGCACAGUGAUCCCCCCACCCUUAGUGCGGGGUGGACAGCACGUCCCAUCCAAACACAACUCUCAGAUUGUGAUGCCACCCUUGGUCAGAGGAGCCCAGCCUAUUGCGGUGACCCCUCAGCAGAUCGCUAGCCUGCGGCAGCACCAGCAGCACGGCGGUUCAGGUCCACCCCCACUGUUACUGGCCCCCAGGGCUUCUGUCCCCAACGUCCAGAUCCAGGGCCAGCGGAUCAUUCAGCAGGGGCUCAUUCGAGUGACUAACGUGGCCAACAACGUCAUGGGCUCCUCUGGUCUUAAAGGCUCGUCUCCCAGCUCCAGUGUCAAUGAUUCUCCGGCUAGCAGGCAGGCGGCUGCUAAGCUAGCUCUAAGGAAGCAGUUGGAGAAGACUCUGCUGGAGAUUCCUCCACCCAAACCUCCUGCUCCCGAGUUCAACUUCCUGCCAUCCGCUGCUAAUAAUGAGUUCAUCUACUUGUUGGGGUUAGAGGAGGUGGUUCAAAAGCUACUCGAGAUGCACGGCCGGGGUAAUCUGGGUCCUGCUGCUUCCAUGGCCAGCUCCAAUUCCAAAGACCCGUACACCUGUGCCCAGUGCAAGACGGACUUCACCUCCCGCUGGAGGAAGGAGAAGGCCGGCACCAUCCUCUGCGACCAAUGCAUGUCGUCCAAUCAGAAGAAGGCCCUAAAGGCCGAGCACACAAACCGUCUGAAGGCAGCCUUUGUGAAGGCGCUCCAGCAGGAGCAGGAGAUUGAACAGCGUAUCCUCCAGCAGACGGCCUCCUCAUCGUCCUCCAAAACCACCUCGUCCUCCUCUCCCUCGCUGUCCAAGAGCGAGGUGCUGAUAUCCCCGCAGUACAAGCAGAUCAGGUCUGACUUGCAGCACCGAUCAGUGUCUGCACACCACUCCAUUAAGCAGAGUCAUUUGGCUCACAGCAUCCAGUCUCGUGGCGUGGCGCACUCCUUUACCUCCUCCCAGCUGCAGAACGCGGUGACGGCGGCCGCGCUGGGCAGCAGAGCAGGGAAACAUGCCGCCGCUCUCUCACUGCAGCAGGGAGCAAAGGUCAGCGCCAGCAGCAGUGGUAACCAGGGCAACAUGGGAGCCUGGAGGAAGCAGGGCAGUGGGAACGCAGGAGUGACGAUGGCCUACGUCAAUCCCAGCUUGUCUGCUCAUAAGACCUCCUCUGCAGUGGAACGUCAGCGGGAAUAUCUGCUGGACAUGAUUCCUUCCCGCUCCAUCUCCCAAGCAGCAAACACAUGGAAAUAAUGCAACCUCUCCCCUCCUCCUGAUGCCACAGCUUUUAGCCCUCCUAAUAUCGAUAACAGCCAUGCUCAUUAUCAUUCUAUUGUUUUCUAUAGACUCUGGCUCGGACGGCCAGGAUAAGAACUCUUUUUCUCGUUGAUCAGAGGUGUAUUUAAACCUCUUCUCGACGCCUUCUUAUGCUACCUUGUUCCUUUUCUGAAUCAUUUCCUGAAUGAAGCUGUGCUGCAGCAGCUUCUGGGAUGCAAGGAACUUGUCAUAAACAUUUUAGGGGUACCUUUUGCAAGACUUCGGGAGUCGGUGGGGGGGGGGCACUUCGGCUCUUCCAACUGUUUACUGCUCGAACCGGGAAGAAAGUGGCAGAAGAAAAAAACAAAAUAAAAACAACGCUGAGCGUUCCUCCUUAUGGACCACGCAAGGAUUAGCAAUGAUCACCAUCGUAUACAUGAUUUGUCCUGCAUCCUGCCUCUCUGCUCCCCCCCCCCACCCCUCCAGGCCUCCAGCCUGAGCCACUCAGGCCCGCGUGCUGGCCUAACCGAACUCUCCUAUGGACCUCAUCACAGGGAUCGUUGAGCUUCGAGGACCAUCCGUAAAAUAUUAACUGCUUUAGCUUUGCAACAAUGAAUAAGACAAACAUAAAAAAAAAACAACAAAAAAAAACAGACUCACAAGGAAAAAAAAAAGAAAAAAGGAUCUAUCUGCGCACAGACUGCCUCUUCUCAUCAACCUUCAGUGUGUAAAUUAGAGAAGUUGCUGUGUCUGUUGGACUAUUUUGUAUGGCUGAAUGUUAGGAUUUUGUCUUCUCUUCUGUAAGUCCUAUGCUGUGUUUGGAAUAUUGUGCUCCCUGACACUUUGGAAGUGGCCUCUUGUUGAGGUCUGAAUAUAAAAAAAGGCUAAUGUUACUGUUGAGGUGGUUUUACAUCUGCUGGUUUCCAUUAUUGUGGCCUAGUUUUAAAUACUUUUUUUGUUUUUUGCUAAGAUGAUGAGGAAGAAUAAAGAUUAAGGGUUUCAUUGACUCAUGUUGGAAAAAAAAAAAGAAAAGGAAAAAAAAAGCUUAAAAAAACAAAACAUGGAGCAUAUUUGGAGGACUGUUCUUACUGAAUAUUGUAAAAUAAACCUUCCAAAGAACUAGUGGAGCCCAAAUGGAAUCCCUUCUGCUAGAAUGUUUCUAGUUUAUUUGAGCCCUCUCUGGAUAUGAACAUGAUUUCAUGCUAAACUGAGUGGGUGUAAGCAAUGUCAAGGUUUUGACAUUUUAAUUUUGCUUUUUAGUCAUAGGUUGUGGUGCAUUACUUUUUUUUCUUUCUUUUUGUUCCUUCUACAGAAAAAACUGUCUGAAUUUAUUUAUAGGGUUAGUAAAGACUUGCAUAUGCCCUACGUUUUGAAUGGAUAUUGGUUUAAAAUGUGUUUUCUUUUUUUGUUUUGUUUUGUUUUUUUCCCUCUGUGUCAAGCAGCUCUCACACAACCUUUGACCGGUUUGAGCGAAGCUGGACAGCUUUCAGAAUGUAGUCAUGCAAAAACAAAAAACUAAGCCCUUCUGCGACAGAUGACGAACUUCUUAGUCUUUAAGGUGUGUGUGAUUUCUGUAAAGUCGAUCCUUGCAUUUUACCUGCCCUACAGUGUGUUUUGAUAAGAUUGCAGCAGCACAGGCAGGCAGACGUAAAGUGUCAUGGUCAAAAAAUAAAAAAAUAACAGGAUGUUACGGUCAGCCAGCAGGGCUUAUGUACAACUUAUCAGAUGGUGUUCUGUUUGUCUUAUUGGAAAAUUUACAGUAAUUGAAAAAGGAGAGAGACGGAGACGCACGAUUGGGCUGUAACGGGUUGACACACGUUUUCUAUGUUUUUUUUUUUUCCAGUCUCACCUGCUGAUUCCGAUUUUGUUUGUUUUUCUAAUUCAAAAGGACUAUAAUACAUGAGAGAACUGUGUGUUGCGGGUCUGUGAUGGAGGCAGGAGUCUAAAUAAAUUCUCAGACGUUCUAAGAGAAUCUAUCCCCCCAUCUAUGCAUCGAGACAUGUCGUCGACCUAUGACUUUCAGAAAAGUUCUGUUGAAACGCACAGAUUUUCCAGAGAGGAGACCGAGACAGCAAAAGUGCGGAGAACAAAAACUUUUAAUAUCACUUGCAAGUGGAGAACGACAGAUAAAAUCACAGCAGGAGGCUGAAACAAUCACGGAAUCAUAUACAGUUCCUUGGUGCACAGGAAGUGGGAGUCGCUUCAAAUGCCCCUCACCAAAUUAGGACACAUAACAUGAAAAGGGGUACUCUGAACCAAAUAGACAGCCCUGAGGGGGAGGUAUCCUUUGUCUAGCUUCCUCCAAAGCUACACAGAUAACUUGAGCAUCUCAUCCCGUUCCCAUAGUGGAGGCGCGCUAAAUAUUUGUUAUCUCUUCGCUUGCAGGCAGCUGGCUUUGGUCCUCCCUGUUACCUACACAAAGAAGAACUGUUCUUAUGACACUAUGAGUUACAAGGUGCAGCUGGCUAGGAGAGAGGAGUGGAAAAACAACUUAUACAACUCAGACUAUUUUAUACAUGUCUAGGUGUAAUCUUAAAUAUUGUAGAUAAUUCAUUUUGUUCCACACUCCACAUGCUGUCGAUUUAAGGAAAAUGGGGGCAACCACAAUUUUCAUGCCUUUUGUGGCUGAGGGGAAGGGAAAAAAAGAAGAAAAAAAGAAUAUUUCUCAGUAAUUAAAAAAAAAAAAAAGCAACAACAAAAGCUCUGUUCUGAUCUGUGUUCAGUAGUUUGCUGCAUCUCCCAAAAGUCAAUGAGAUUCAAAUGAGCCAAAUUGAAUUAAAAGUUACUGCCUGGCCCGAUCGUUGCGUUCAGUCUCACAUUUUCUAACUCUUUGUUGCACUCAAAGAUGUAUUUAUAAGAUCCACGUCUUGAAGUCUAAUGUCCUCACGUCAGAUAAGGUUUUUUUAUUUUAAUUAUGUGAUGUAACGGUUGGACAAUUGCUUUAUAUAUCCGCGCCUCGAGUUGAAAUGCAUCCCUUGAUUUUUUUGUGUUUACGCCUUCAUUAAAAAAAAGGAAAGAAAAAUGUAUGUUAACAUGUGCAGAUGCCCGGUGGUAAUGCAAACAUACAGAAAUUAAGGUGGAUUGCUUGUGAAGUUCAUGUUUUCUACAUUGGCACAGAAGGGGAAAUAUUCCAGGUUGUGUGUACAUUCCUGAUGAGCAAAACAAAACAAAAAAUAGCAACCCGUGUAUCGUGGGAGCAAAAAACCAGCAACCUGGAAUGAGCCCAUGCCUCUUCUGGUGCAACGCUGUGCUGUCCUGACGACUGCCUGCUGCUGCUGCUGUUUGGCAACAUUAUCACCAUUCCGAUGUUUGUUUGUGUGUUUGGGGUCAGCUGCUGACUGCAGUGAAGCGCAAAUGGACAACAAUGUAUAAGAUUUUUUUUUUUUUUUUUUUUUUUUUUUGGCUGUUUUUGAU